GCAGGCCGUCCAUACAAAGUGGCCCAGAAACCUAAUUUAUUAAUUUCUCGCGUUUUCGUUCCAAAUAUUCCUUACAAAUAUCUUAUUACUAAAGUUUACUACAAUGGCCCAUUUAAGCACAAGAGAUCGUUUGUUAACAAUCAUUGAUGAUAUUGAAAUAAUCAGCAAAGAAAUCAUCGAGAACCUUAUGGCACCUAAACAUCAAAAGACAAAUGAUUACCUCCAGUUAGUAGAUUUACUUGUAGUAAAAGAUAACGAAAUGAAGCAAUUGCUGAAACUUGCUGCAGAACAGACAAAAAUUGAUGAGAAAAUAAAUUUGUUGAAGGAGCAAGUCAAUAAAUAUGAUCAAGAGAUCAAUCAACUUCAAAAACAACUUAAAGAAGCUGAACAGAUAUUAUCGACCGCAAUUUUUCAAGCAAAGCAAAAGCUCGCUAGUAUAGCGAAAGCUAAAGAGCGUCCAAUCUCUUCAGAAGAGCUCAUUAAAUAUGCUUAUCGAAUCAGUGCAUCGCAUGCCGUAUCAGCACCAGUAACAUGGCAACAAGGAGACCUUCGUCGCCCAUAUCCAACUGAUAUAGAGAUGCGCUUAGGAUUUCUCGGGAAAACUGAUCUCAAUAUCAAUGGUCACAGUUUACAAGCACAGACAAAUGUUAUCGAUGCCAAUCGCAACACAACUGGUGAAAUUCCAGCUUCAGCUCAAAAUCAAUUUGCUUGGUAUCCUUCAGGUGAACUUCAUAUGAUGUCAGGUCAUCAGUCAAUCUCAUUAGAAACAAAUCGCUCUCAUAAGGAUGCAUCACAAGACGAUGCAUCUUCAGACACCUCAAGCUCAAGUUCAAGUGAUUCCCAGUAAAACAAAAGUUAUUUAUCUUACAACUAAUUUGUCUCUUUGUUCUUUUUUCUACAUAUUUCACAAUAAAACUACUUUCAAAAUUAA